AUGCUCUCCAAGCUCGCGCCGUUGGGCAUGCUCGCCCUCGGCGUCAUGGCAUCCAAGGAGUUCACUCCUGUGGACAUGCUCAGCACUCCUCGCCCACAGGCGCCCGUCGUUGCGCCAAACGGCGGCAGUGCCAUCUCCGUCGUGGAUCAAUGGGAGGAGAAGUCCAACACGGGCGAGACAGGUGCAGGGUGCUCAUGUCUAUCUUUGGGCGCACUAGAUGGGCCAAGUGGGGGAUCGAGCGUAUCGCUAACCGUCAGGAUGAGCCGCACCGUCUAUCUGACCGAGACCAAAGAGAAGGCCAAGCCGCGCAAGCUGUUUGCUGCGACCCCGGGCAGCGCGUCCGAGCUUAUCUGGCUGUCUGACACCACGGUCGCUUAUCUGAACGGCACGACGAUGCACCACUUCUCGAUCAAGCACGACCCAAUCAGGACGAUGCACCUCCUAGAUCUGCCCAAGGGCACGGAGCCCAGUGCGCUGACGUAUGAGCCCGAGAGCCACCUGCUCGUCUUCAGCGCAGCUGUCUGGGGCGCCGACUCUUCAUUGGAGGAGACCGCCAAGGGCGAUAAGAAGUGGGACAACCGCGGAACUUCGGCAUACGUCUACGAUGACCUGUUCGUGCGCCACUGGGACACCUGGCGCAUCCCCGGCCGCGUGUACACCCUCGCGGCGACGGAGCUGCACCGCAAGAAGAAGGAUGAGGAGGAGGUCUUUGAGGCCAGCUCGCGCUUCACCAACCUCCUCGCCGGGACCGGGCUGUACAGCCAGGUCGACGCUAUUUCGAAGGAUCAGUUUUCGGUAUCGCCAAAGGAGAUCGCGCUCGCGAUCAAGCCGACGGACAUUGACCCCGCUCUUCACACCAGGCUCGAUGUCUACCUCCUGCCGCACAAGGGCGGCAAGGUGACGCAGCUGACGAGCACUGACCACGGUGCUGUUAGCGGCGUCCGCUUCAGCCCCGGCGGUAAGAAGCUCGCCUGGCUCCAGAUGGCGCAGGAUGGAUACGAGUCUGAUCGCCGUGUCGUCAUGGUGUACACUCCUGGGCUUGUCGGCGGCUCGAUCGAGGCGUGGACGCAGAAGUGGGACCGCUCGCCUUCGUACGUCAACUGGGACCUCGACGGUGACUCGCUCUACGUCCUCGCCGAGCACCACGGCAAGGACGUGCCGUACCACCUCGAUGCCCCCGGAGCUCUUCCGACCCCGCUGCAUUUCCACGGCUCCACCAGCUCCAUUACGCAGGUGCGCAAGGACCUUUUCCUCCUGUCCAUCAGCUCGUUCACGUCGCCGACCGAGCUCUUCCUCCUCGACCUCGAGGACGAGGCGUACCUCCACUCCGUCGCUCAGGCAGUCGAGGACCACGACCACGGCCGACCUGGCCGCGGCCACGGCGACCCGGACAAGCGUCCUCCCGAGGCGCUGCACCAGCUCACGCACUUUGCGGAGAAGCACAUCGGCGGCCGCCUGGACAAGAUUGACAUCGAUGCGCUCUGGUUCCGCGGCGACGAAGACUGGCGCGUCAUGGCCUGGGUCCUGAAGCCGCCCGGAUACUCAGAGGACGACAGCGCCAAGUGGCCGCUCGCGUUCCUGAUCCACGGCGGCCCGCAGGGCGCCUGGACCGAGAGCUGGAGCACGCGCUGGAACCCGGCCGUGUACGCUGCGGCGGGCUAUGUCGUUGUCGCCGUCAACCCGACCGGCUCGACGGGCUAUGGCCAGGAGUUCACAGACCGCAUCGCGCGGCACUGGGGCUCGCGCCCGUUCCGUGACCUGCUGCUCGGCUACCGCGCCGCGCUCGAGCACUACCCCGGCAUCGACAAGGAGCGCACCGCAGCCCUGGGCGCCAGCUACGGUGGCUACAUGGUCAACUGGAUCCAGGGCCACAACGAGUUCGGCUUCAAGGCCCUCGUGUACCACGACGGCAUGCUCAGCACGACGACCAGCUAUUAUGAGACGGAGGAGCUCUGGUUCCCCACUCACGACUUUGGGGGCACUCCGACGAGCGACAGGGACGCGUACGAAGAGUACAACCCGAUGAACUAUGUGCAGAACUGGCACACGCCACAACUCGUCCUCCAGGGUGGCAUGGACUUCCGCCUCCCCGUCACGCAGGCGCUGGGCACUUUCACGGCCCUCCAGGUCCGCGGCGUGCCCAGUCGCCUCGUCUACUUCCCCGACGAGAACCACUGGGUCCUCAAGGCUGCCAACUCGCGUAAGUGGCACCAUGAGGUCUUUGCCUGGCUCGACAAGUACGUUGGCAAGGGCAAAAACGGACCCAAAAACGACUCCGCGCCCGAGGAGGCUCAGGAGGAGCCCCAGUUCGUUAUUCAGCAGUAG